CUUCUAAACAUCGUUUAUCUUUAACUUUCACUUUCGGCUCAGCGCUGACGGAGGUUAUUGUAUACGAACUACGAAGGUAGAUUGGAAAUACUUUCUAGAAUAUUCUAUUGUUUUAGUUGAGUGAUUGACGGCUAACGUUAUUAAAAUCUGUUUAUAAUUGUCCAAAUAAUUGAAAUCAAGCUUCGAUCAGAUCAGAGAUUACUUUCGUUUUCCUCUCACAAUCUUCGUCUUUCGAGUUGAGCUUGUCAACACUUCAGUCAUGACGGAGGAACACCAGGAUGUUGUUCUGCAAGGCAAGGCAAGGCAAGGCCAUUUUAUUUAUACAAUUUAGAGGCAGAUUUACGCAGCGAAUCUGACAUCCGGUCACUGACUGGAGCAGAAAGUUGUCAUCAGCUGUUACCUGAACAAAAGGACCUCAGCUUUGAAAUGACACAAAAAAAGAAGUCUCUUGUUCAGCUUUUAAAACAAAUGAAAGACAUCUCAGCUGAUUUCAAGGAUGCUCUAACAGACAACGGAGUCUUGGUUGAUAACCUCUCUAUCCUGAAGGACAUGAAGACCCACAUGAAGGAUAUGCAGAGUUUCCUUGAUGAUCACAUUUGUUCUCUUGAGGCAAACAUCCAGAAUCAGCCAAACCGGGAAUCAGUCACGAAUGUGACGAAGCCCCGCGAUGAUAACUGUCCUGAAGGAGCACACGGUGAAUUGAAGUACCAGAUGGUUGUUGGCGGGACAACCUUUGGUGCACAUGAUCAGCUGAUGGAGAAAGUGAAGAAGGAAGUUCAGGAUCAGUUUGAUCUUGUUCAAAGCAACAGCGAUGACUACGGCGUCACUAUUGUCUUCUGCCCCAUCGUUUCUCGCAUGGGACCAGAUGUUGAGUCAGCCCUGAGAGAUGUUAAAGGUGAUAAACCUGUUAUUCUGGUUUUGAUGCACCACGCAUAUGAGGCCAAGUUCAUUCCAAAGGUGGAACCAGGGCGUGGCGACGCUAACGUUCAGCUGCAAGUCAACGUUUUCUUCCACGAGACGAAACAUGGAUUACUUCACUGUGAAGAAAAUACAGCUGCUGUUUGCAAUAUAAAAAACAAAAUACAGGAGUGCACCAUUUCAAAUGCCCUGGUUGUGGCUGCUGGAAAUACUGGAACACUGGCAGCAAUACCAGAAAUGGCGGUAGCAGUCGUCUAUUAUAUACUAGAUUUGUUUAACUAAAGCAACACAAUGUAAUGAACCACAACCAACACAAGUCAAACAGUCAAAAUUUGAACGAGACAUGUUGGAUUUUACUUUCCUACCGAUUGUGGAAAAAUUAUUUUAUCCUCAUUUGUAAAAAAUGUAGCUACUGAUUUGUGUUCUAAUGCUGUCCGUAAUCAUUUAAAACAUUACAUUGCAUACCUUCUUCAUCUAACUUGUGUUUUGGCAGUUUACAUUUUUGUUGUAUUGUGAGCUGCACAUCAGACUUAUCUUUUCAGAAAAUGCUUUUCUCGUAAUCAAAUUUCCAGUGUCCAGUUUAUAUUGUUGUUUCUGUUUAUAAAUUAGAUGUGAAUUUACAUUUGAUUAAAGAGUGCCACAAAAUUCCUUAGGGGGCAAAAGGAUGACCUUUGAAUAUCUAUCUAGGCCAAAUACUACAAUUACUGCAAACAUUAAAAUAAAAUGGAUAUAUUAUGGCUAAAUACAUUAUUGUGAAUUGUUGCUGUACCUGAUUCUAAAAAUACUUAUUAAAUCAGAUACAAAUGUAUUACGAGUGUAAUCAUAUUGUCUGUAGUCUUUUUUUUAUAUAGUAAAUAUUUCUCUAGCUGUCGUGAACUUGGAACAUGUAUUUUUAGAUGUUUUAACAUUUAAGAUUAUUAUUGAUCAAAAUUCACUGCAAUUUAAUAAACUCUGCUGAUUAUAAAAAAGAAAAAUGUUAAACAAUCAACAGUUCCGUCAUUACAUAUAAUGAUUAGUAUAUUAUAUGUCCAGACUAGCAGGUUACAGUUGUUAUAAUAAAUUAUCUCAACUAUAUUACAUUAUUUAAGUUAAUCUUUAAUUAAAGGAAAAUAUUUUUAACAUGUCGAAUUCCCCAUGCUUUUAUUCUGGAAAAAGAGAAUCUAUUUUGCUCUGAAAAGCCAGGCCGGAAGUGCAACAUUGUUUACAAAUAUAAGCUGCUUUCUGUUUGCGCGUGCUAUGAAGAUAAAUGUUUUUUUCCCAUUACAUUUUUUGACUUUUUUUCUGACAAAAACGGCCACCAACGAGUUUUCUGCAGCAUCACCACCAUGACAAUUUAUCAAGAAGUUAUAUUAGUUUAAACAAUUACCUGCACAACAGUUAGCUAACAGUUAGCUCAAAGGUGUUCUGCAGCAUGGCAGCUUGAUUCAUUUCAGCAGGUGUUAGCUACAGGGAGGACAAGUCUGUCUCUACAGGCUGCACGUCCUUCACUUUUCCGAGGACAGUUUAAGGUUAAUAUUAUCUGUUUUAGCAGCUAGGUUAGCUAUUAGUUAGCUUUGACGUGUCUUCAACUAUCCAACUGUAAAUGCCAGUAACGUAAGCAGAAGUUUGUCUCGCGUAUGUGUCAUGCUCCUCGGUCGCUUUCUGUUGAGCCCCUGCAGAUCCACGUGUUCAAAAAUAGUUUGUUUACAUAGAGGUUUUACUGUCAAUAAACCAUCAUCAUCUCACAGACUAGAUACCAUCUCUCACAGCCACUAUCGUACCGUCAACCCAUUGAAGCCAUCCACACACCGGUUAAAGGCUCAUACCUGCCUUUAUCAGUUAACAGUGUGUAAUAUGCAGCCAGCCAGUAUAUCCUAUGGCAAAGACACCACUGUUAUUGCCCCAGAUGAUGAUGAUGUGGAGGAAGAGCUUUGCCCGGGAACCUCCACAGUGUCAGAUCCAGCAGGACCAAAUGAGAAGAAGACGAAAAGGAAGAAGAGGAGGGAGAAGAGGAAAUUAAUAAACAGACACCUCAAGUCAGCUGAAACCUCGGACAAUUAUAUGUCAGAGCUUCCGUUUUCUCUGACCAGCCCCACCACAUGGAAAGAGCUUGGAUUCUCCGGCCCAGCUUCAACUCAGAAGAAGAGGAAGAGGAAGAGAGGAGACAUUGGAGUGCGAGUUGACAGCGAAGAGGACGCAGAUAAGAAGAAAAAAAAGAAAGAAAGCGUGCGGCCCAACUUUUUUAUCUCCAUCCCCAUCACUAACACACAGAUCAGCUCAGCCGUAACCCAGGUCCAAGAGGCGGUACUUCAGCAGGAGCCCCGAUUGGCCAGAACCAUGAUCCCUGUCCCAACUCUCCACAUCACGCUAUUAGUCACUCAUCUCGCCAGUCAGGAGCAAGUAGACCUGGCCGCAACCGUCCUGGCUGAGGCCGAGCCGUCAUUGGCCGAGCUGCUGGGUGGGCGGGAUCUGGUGCUGCCCUUCUCGGGGAUCGGUCAUUUCAGGAAGGAGGUGGUGUUUGUUGGGCUGGCCCCCGGACAACACAGACACACACUGGACAGUCUGGCAGAGUUGUUGCAAAGCCGUUUUGAAGAGCAGGGUCUUCUGCAAGAAGGCAAUCGCGGGUUUGAACCCCACCUCACCAUGAUGAAGCUGUCCCGAGCACCGAAACUACGAUCCCAGGGUAUGAAACGUGUGGACCCAGCUCUCUACUCAAACUAUACAAACAAGUUUUUCGGGGACCAGACAGUCGAGCGGGUGGAUCUUUGUUCCAUGUUGAAAAAGAAGCAAAAAGAUGGAUAUUACCACACUGAGACUUCACUACAACUUGGUGGGCGUCGCCGGUCUGAGCCAGACGAGGCAGAGCUACUGAGGGUGAGCCGGCGAUUGGUCGAGGAUGCUGUCAAUCGCGCCUUGCUACAGUACAAACAAGAAACACUUCAAAAUGGGGGAGGACCGAAUGCCACGGCACCGCAGCCCCCUGGAAACACUGACGAAACAAAGACGGACACUACAGCUAACUCCACCACUGACUACAGGAAGUGACUACAUUGGACUGACAAUGCGGACAACAUCAGCCAGGCCCGGGCUCAACAGGAGAAGAGUCAGUGAGCCCUGGGCACAAAGCCUGAACACGCCAACUAGCUGACGAGCUAACCCAGCUUGCCCACCACAACGGCUAGGCAGGCAUGCUAGCUACCCGCCCAACUGACCUGGCUGGUUAAAUAGAUAAUGUAGCUUGUGUUCAGUGCUAAGUGACCAUCCAAACAGGCGUUAUUAACUCACUACAUCAAACAGCAGGGGCCUCGACCCACGAUCCUCACUACGCUUUGGGUCUGCGUUUGAAUGUCAGACUUAGAAAAGCACUCCUGUAGAGACUCACAUGCACAUGUAAGGUUCACUUUGAACCUGCCACUCACAAAACAGCCCGUUCAGAAUAAUCAUGUUUUGUAAACACCUGCACUUAAAAUGGUACUCAAUAUCCAUAAUUUUCCAAUGAAAAAAAAUAUAUUCCUCCUCCAUUUUG